CCUAUUUUCUGAUUUUCCCCUUCUUCUUCUUCUUCUUCUUCUCGCCACCGUCUCUCCGCUGUCUCGCUCUCUCCACCACCAGCACACGGCGAGCUUGAACCAGCUGAGAGCCGUCCGGAGCCGUCGUCGGCACCGUCGACAGAAGCCCGAAUGGGGAAGGACGGAGACAAGGGGGAGAGAGGAGCCGGUGCUGAUAGGAAGAUGUUCGUCGGUGUCGUCUGGAACUGCGCCACCGAGCUCAAGAUCCUCCUCACCGCCCUCUUGGUCCUCUGCUCCAUCGCCACCCUCCUCCAGUUCCUCCCCCCUCGCUUCUCCCUCUCCUCCUCCGAUCUCCGCCUCUGCAUCUCCCGCAUCUCCCCUCCCAUCUCCGUCCCUCCCCCCACUCCGUCCCUCCCCUCCUCCUCCCCCCCGGCCGCUGCUCCUCAGCCUCUCUCUCAGCCCCCGCCACCCCCCGAUGCGGAUCGAGAGCGGGUCCUCGAGGGCGGCGUCGUCAAGCGGGCCUUCAACCCCUACGGCUCUGCCGCCUACAACUUCAUCACCAUGGGCUCCUACCGAGGCGGCCUGAACACCUUCGCCGUCGUCGGCCUCGCUUCCAAGCCCCUCCACGUCUACGCCAAGCCUUCUUACCAAUGCCGUUGGGUCCCCCACCCCAACUCCAACUCCACCGCCGUCUCCACCGCCGUUGCUUACAAGAUCCUCCCCGACUGGGGCUACGGCCGCGUUUACACCGUCGUCGUCGUCAACUGCACCUUCCCCGACCCCGUCGUCAACCCCGACAACUCCGGCGGCAAGCUGCUCCUCCUCGCCUCCACCUCCGGCGGCAGCGACCACAACUUCAACUUCACCGACACCAUCGAAGUCCUUGCCGAGCCUCCCGGGAGCUUGGACCUGUCCAUCUUCAGCUCACAGCCCAAGUACGAUUUCCUCUACUGCGGGUCGCCGCUGUACGGGAAUCUGAGUCCUCAGCGAGUGAGGGAGUGGAUGGCCUACCACGUGAGGCUCUUCGGUGGCAAGUCGCAUUUCGUGAUCCACGACGCCGGCGGGAUACAGGAGGAGGUCCUCGCGGUGUUGCGGCCGUGGAUGGAGCUCGGGUACGUGACAUUGCAGGACGUCAGGGACCAGGAGAGGUUCGACGGGUACUACCACAACCAGUUCAUGGUGGUGAAUGACUGCCUGCACAGGUACAAGUUCGCGACCAAGUGGAUGUUCUUCUUCGACGUGGACGAGUUCAUCUACGUGCCGCCCAAGAACACGCUCAGGUCGGUGCUCGAUUCUCUGUCCGGCUACACGCAGUUCACCAUCGAGCAGAUGCCGAUGAGCAACAAGCUCUGUUUCGUCGAUGAGGCCGGCGCCGGCAGGACUUACAGGAAAUGGGGGUUCGAGAAGCUGGUGUACAGGGACGUGAAGAGGGGGAUCCGGAGGGACCGGAAGUACGCGGUGCAGCCGCGCAGCGUGUACGCGACCGGGGUGCACAUGUCCCAGAACCUCAGGGGCAGGACCAACCACAAGACUGAGCACCGGAUCAAGUACUUUCACUACCACGGCACCAUCGCGGAGCGCCGCGAGCCCUGCCGGAACCUGGUGAACUCCACGGACCUCACCUUCGACAAGGUCCCCUACGUGCUGGACACCACGCUGAGGGACGCCGCGGGCGCCGUGAAGAGAUUCGAGCUCAAAACGAUCGGCGACCGGCUGCAGAGGACCCGGCAAUGACAGCUCCCCCCUGUUGUGAUUAUUAACAAUCAUUUUGGUUGCUGUCUUUCUUUACCCCCUUUGUGCCUUUUGUAUUAUAGUGUCUGUGCGGUGGUGGGUAGAGAAUCUUUAUACAGGGGUUGGGGCGGGUGGGGCUCAUGAUUCAUGUUUACUUUCCUUAAUUCUUUCUUCCCUUUUUCUUUCUGGGUUUAACCCUCCCUUAAAGAGAGAGUAGAUUAGAUUAGAGAGAUUCUUUUGCAUAUUACAAUACUACUUUAUAUAUAUAAAGUAAAGAGAAGAGUCCCA